CACCGGAGUUACCCAUCCUAGAGAGGAAAAACUGGUUGAUUUAUCUGCUGUAUGUUCGCAGAGACUACGACGAGUGUAAGGUCCUUCAUUUAUAUUCGUCUCGGAGGCAGGGGUUGCUGGUACUGAUCACACACUUGACAGAAGUGCCAGAAGAGCACCAGCUUAUUGUUAGCCCACAAAUAUUUCUUUUCCCCACUUGUCUCUUCCACUUCCAAGCAAAAGAGGAGUCUCAGAGCAGAAAUGAUGCUCUUGGUUCAUAGCCACAGUGCUCAUCCUCCCAAAGGCUGUCAUCAAAGAGCAGCUCCAGGAGUCUCAUGGGCUGUGCGAAUACGCAGUCUACGUUCAAGCUUUGAUAUUUCGCUUGGAGGGGAAAAUUCAAGAAUCUCUUGAACUUUUUCAGACAUGUUCCAUUCUGAACCCUCGGAGCGCUGACAACCUCAAGCAGGUGGCACGAUCGCUGUUUCUUUUGGGGAAACACAAGGCAGCCAUUGAAGUGUACAACGAAGCAGCCAAACUCGAUGAAAAGGACUGGGAGAUCAGCCACAACCUGGGUGUGUGCUACAUGUACCUGAAACACUUCAACAAGGCACGAGACCAGCUCAACAAUGCCCUGGAGCUCAACAGACAUGAUCUGACUUACAUGAUGCUGGGGAAAAUUCACCUAUUGGAGGGGGAGACAGAUAAAGCCAUUGAAGUCUAUAAGAAAGCCGUAGAGUUUUCUCCAGAAAACACAGACCUCCUUACAACACUGGGGUUACUUUACUUGCAGCUUGGGGAUUACCAGAAGGCUUUUGAACACCUUGGAAACGCGCUCACUUAUGACCCAGGCAACUACAAGGCUACCUUGGCGGCUGGCAGCAUGAUGCAGGCUCAUGGAGAUUUUGAUGUUGCCCUCUCCAAAUACAGGGUGGUAGCCAGCACUGUGCCUGAAAGCCCCCCGCUGUGGAACAACAUCGGGAUGUGCUUCUUCGGGAAGAAGAAGUAUGUAGCAGCUAUCAGCUGUCUGAAGCGGGCAAACUACUUGGCUCCCUUUGAUUGGAAGAUCUUGUACAAUUUGGGGUUAGUCCACCUCACGAUGCAGCAGUACGCCUCUGCUUUCCACUUCCUCAGUGCUGCCAUCAACUUCCAGCCCAAGAUGGGAGAGCUGUACAUGCUCCUGGCAGUUGCUCUGACAAACCUAGAAGACAUUGAGAAUGCAAAACGUUCCUAUGAGCAAGCCGUGGCGCUGGACAAGUGCAACCCCCUUGUCAACCUGAACUAUGCCGUCCUGCUGUACAACCAGGGCGACAAGAAGGGAGCCCUCUGCCAGUACCAGGAGAUGGAGAAGAAGGUCAAUGCAGCGAAGGAGAGCAGCGCUCCUGACUUUGACCCUGAGAUGGUGGAGGUUGCCCAGAAGAUGGGAGCUGCCCUGCAGGUCGGGGAGAGCCUGGUCUGGACUAAGCCUUCCAAAGAGUCCAAAUCCAAGCAGCGAGCUGCUCCGUCGGGGAAAUCCUCCAGCGCUCAGCAGCCUUUGGGCUCUAACCAGGCCCUGGGUCAAGCCAUGUCCUCAGCUGCGGGGUACGGGAAAACCAUGCAGCUUCCCCCAGGUGCUGGAGCAUCAGCUCCACUGGCAAAGCCGCCCUCGCUGCCUCUGGAGCCAGAACCGGGCUCCGAAAUGAGCCCUGAGGAGACCUCAGCACCAACAGGGGCCGAGGAACAGAGGAAAGAAAAGCGCAAGAGCCGUCAGGCAGCAGACUAGGACGGACUCUGGUCGGGACAGGCAGGUGCAGAUCAUCUCCAGCGCUGCCUGCUGACUUGUGGGGAAAGGGACCUGCCCUCUCCCCUGACCCGCAGUGGCUUCACCCCACUGUCAGUUAGUCUCAAUGCAGGUGUUUUCUGUUAAUGAUUUUAGCAUGUGGUCUCUGCCUUGUCCCAAGGAAUCAUUGCAGCGAUCAGAAGAGGUUUUGCGUAGCUACUGUUAGUGUGGUCACAGCUUACUACAGGAGAGCUGAGGAUGGAGGUCCAUCUCUCCCCAGGGUUGGUAGUCUUCAGUGGUUGGGUGUGAGUCCUCCAGAAGGAUGCUGGGGCAUCCAGUGUGUUCAGAAGAGUAGUAGUGAGUGAGCAUCCUGGAUGCCAAAGAGGGUCAAACCUUCCAGUGGCAGAACGUGGAAGUGGCUGAGGAAGCCACCAAGGUCAGUGGUAACAGCCUGGGAGAGGGGGGAAGGUAGGCACCUCCCCAGGGCAAGCGCAGAGCUUGUGGCCCGGGACUAGCACAGCCUGGAGCCAUGGGCUUGUCACUCCCCAUUUCACAAGGGCGAGGCUUUGUAAAAUGCUUUCUGAAGGCUGAAGGAGGGCAGCCGAGCCAGCUGGGAGCUGCUGCUCCCGGGGAGCUGCGUAGCGAAGGUGAGCUGGUUGGUCUGGAGGCGAUGGCUCCGUGAACACACAGCCCUGGUGGAGGACGGGGCAGGGGGGCAAAAGCAGCCCUGCAGCACUGGCCACUGAGUUGGCUUCUUUAGGGCUGUUUGUUUACCUUCUGAACCCAGGAUCACUUUGUAUUUCUUGAGUCCAGCCUGUUUUUAAGUGGAAGCUUCUACAUAGUAGCUGAGAAGGCUGCGAAGCUGGCCCGCAGCAAGGCAGGUGCUCAGAGGCUGCCCAUUCUGGAUGCAGGCUGAGCUGCAGCAGCAAAAAAGUCUGCCAACGUCCUCAUCGUUUGCUGAGAAACAGGGUAAAUGAGCCUCAGUGACGCUCCGUGCUCACGAGAUCGGAGUUCCUCCUUGAGAAUUUGUAUUGCCCAGCAUGGUGGGGGGAAAAAGUCGUUUGCAGGGAAAAAAAGAACAAGCCUUUUCAGAAAAGAUGAUAUGGUCAGCUUCAGUGCUAAAUUUAAAUUGUUUUAGGAUGACAGCAGUCACGCUCUGAAUAAUUUAGUUGUGCCCUCCUUACAGCUGCAUUUUGGGAGAAAUCAGUUCUGCUAGCUGCAAGGCGGCAAAGCAGCCCGUCAGUGAGCAGAGCAAGGGAUUUAAUGCCCAGGUGAUACUAGAGAAGCUUUGAAAACACUUCCAUCCUUGAACAGCACAAUCUCAGCCUUCCUUUUCCCUGCUACUGCCAGUUUGUUGCCUCUGGGAUAUAUCCCGAGCUUGAUACAGGCGCUCAAAACAACUGCUGUUGGGAACGAAAGGUGGGACCCUCAUACUUGACAUAAAGAACCAGUAACUGAGUUAAAUAUAGCUUUUUCUCAUCCUCCCCUCUGUGUACCGAGAAGGACACAAAGCCAAGACUGCCGGGGAACUUGCCGUCUGAAUGUUCCAAGCAGAAUGUGUAGCACUUCCCCCACACAGCUGAAGCUUCAGGCUCAGUGUAUUUGUCUUUUAGGCUCCCCAGCUUUUUAAAAUUUAUUUCCUGCUUUUAGUUCUGCACUGUUGCAUUGUCUUGCUCCAUAAUUAACAAGUCCAGCAGAGCAAGGUUAGUCGUGGAAAUUUCUCUGGAGCAAGGACAGAAGAGCAGCACGAGGGAGGCUCGGGAUACGUUAACGUCCUUCAGUUGUGCUCUGUGGUUCGCUGCUGUUAUCCACAGUGACAUUAAUGCAUCUUCAGAGCGUAACCAGGACCUGAAGUGCCACCCUGCUCCCUGGAGAACUCUAAAGGAGUAGGAACCCUUCGCUUUCUCCUCUGGUCUGAUUGCCAAAACUGCCUGCUUAUCUCAAACGGGGCUUUUUUCCCCGCUGUCCGCCGCUGCCGGGUUUUCUGUGGGUAGAGCUUCAGGGCAGCACUCCUGUAGGGUCUCCCUUGAGCGAGGAGCUGAAGAAAACAGAGGAUCGUUUGUGGAGCGCUGGCAAAUUUCAACAAAGCAGACAAGAAGCAGUAUAAAUCAGGUACAGUGCAGCCAUUUUAUUCACAUUUAACUUCGUACACUGCAGGUUAGUGCAGCGUGACAGAGUGCCUGUGAAGAAGAGGUCACAAGCACAGAGCAAGGGAAGGCAGGGUGGGGGAACUCUUCACCCCCAAAACUUUAGUUCAAGACAGUCUUUUCCGAUAGCAAUUGAGUGCUGUAAAUCUUUUAGUCUUAUCACAAAGGCGGUCAAGCCAUGGAGGUGCCACUAGAAGGCCCAGUGAGCAGAGGAGGGUGGCUGCAGGUAGAUGAGCACCAGCGUUGGUGCUGCGGGACACUUCGCCCCAUCUGCUCGUGACCCUUUGCUCUGAUUUUACGAGCUGCUUUCCCCUGCCUUCCGCUCAGGGUGAAAAAGAAAAGUGAACUUAGACUGUGGCACUAUCUUUGGCUCUGUCCAGUCGAUGGGAACAGUCCUCGUCCCACCACCCUCCUCAGCUUACAGCCCACCAGAGACAAGGAACAACCAAAGAUCUCUCUCCUCUCACCCAGUCCCACCAGUGCAACCUGUGAACCCUGGCUCUUGGAUGCUUUUCUAGGGGACAUGUUACACGUUGGUACAUAGGGUGUACUACACUGGGAGGUUCUGUAAAGGUAUUUAAAAUAAAUACACAUUCGGGUGAAAAGCUUAUGCUGCUGAUGAACCAGUUCUCCUUCUGUGAAGAGAAGCAGUAGCACCUUGUUACUUCCUGGAUUUGAACAGAGCAGAAGGGAGCUUCGUGUCUAAGAAGCAUUUUUGAACAUGUAAUUACAGUUGGAUAAUAAAUAGAACU